AAUGCACAUUUCAGAAAAAUUCCUCUUCAAAUAAUACCAAGGAUAAAACACAAAAUUGAAGGCAACAAACCAAAAAAGUUGUCUACUCUGUUUGUCAACGUAGUGCAGGGGAGGCAGCUACAACACUAUAUAUAAGAACUCAGAAGCUGGACAAUUCUUGCUGAUUAGAGCAAGAAAGAUGAUGGGAGGGAGAGAAAGAGUCUGUGUGACCGGUGCAGGGGGGUUCCUGGCAUCAUGGAUCAUCAAAUUUCUGCUUUUAAAGGGUUACCAUGUCCAUGGAACUGUUAGGGACCCAGGGGAUGAAAAGAACGCUCAUCUGAAGAAACUGGACAAAGCUUCAGAAAACUUGCAACUCUUCCAGACGGACUUGCUGAACAGUGAUGGUCUUUGCGCUGCAAUUGCUGGGUGCACUGGCGUUUUCCAUGUUGCUAGCCCAGUUCCUCCAGCAGACGCUGUAAUAAAUUCUGAGGUUGAACUAAUGGAACCAGCCGUAACUGGUACACGAAAUGUACUCGAUGCAUGUUUGAAGACACAAGUUAAGAAGGUCGUGGUUGUGUCAUCUAUUGGGGCUAUUGCGCUGAAUCCUAACUGGCCAAAGGGUCAGGUCAUGAACGAGGACUGCUGGUCUGACUUGGCAUUUUGCAAGGCAAUUAUGCAAUCGUACUGCUUUUCCAAGACUGCAGCAGAAAGUGAAGCGUGGGAGUAUGCAAAGAGAAGUGGACUCAACGUAGUAACAAUUUGCCCUUCCGUGAUUAUUGGACCAUUGCUGCAACCAACCAUGAACAGCAGCAGCUUAUACCUCCUCAAGUUUUUACAAGAUGGAUGGGAAGCAGCAGACAAUGGAAGUCGUGCUUUUGUAGAUGUGCGUGAUGCCUCUGAAGCAACCUUGAUGCUGUAUGAAAAGCCUGAAGCAGAGGGAAGAUACUUAUGUUCAUCCCAUGAGAUCAGAACGAAGGAUUUGGUGGAGAAGUUAAAAAGCAUGUAUCCUGUUUACAAUUACCCCAAGAGUUUUAAAGAGGAAGAGACAGAAGUGAUCAGGCUAAGUUCGGAGAAAUUGCAGAAUUUAGGAUGGAGGUAUCGGCCAUUGGAAGAUACACUUACUGCUGCUGUCAACAACUAUGCGGAGAACGGGCACAUGGGCAAAAAUUAGCUCCAAGGUUUUCCUGUUCAAGAAUGUUCUCACCAAUGAACAAUACCAGCUGAUAUCAAAUCCAGGGUUCAUGCCAGCACAUAUCCUGGCCUCUGUGUCCCUACUCAUAAUAACUAGUAUCAUGUUUUUCACGCAGAUGAUUCUUGAUUUUCUGUUUCACUCUUGCUGCGAACCUAAAAAAAAAAAAUUUAUAUUAAAACAGGUAAGUCUUUACGUACU